AUGAAACGUUCAACAUCAAUGGAUGAUGAUUCAAUAUUUCCAACUUCAAUUCAUUCUUCAUCAAAUUUAUUAACGCGUACAACAAUACGUGAAGCAAAUAAUCAUUUACAAAUGUUAUAUACACAUAAUCAAGAAUUAAAACAAAUAGUAAAUGAACAAAAAAUAAUAAUAGAACAAAAAGAUUUUGAAUAUAAUAAACUAUUAAAAUCAAACAAAGCAGUUGAACGACAUUGUCAACAAUUACAAGCUUUACUUGAUGAUCGAACUCGACGUUUAUAUGUCUAUGAACGAAAAGAAGUUUUAUUUCGAGAAACAUUUAAACUAAAACCAGCUAUGGAAUUAUUACUUGAUAUAUUAAAUACAUAUGAAAAAGUAGAUAAUACAUCAUUAUCUAUUCCAAUGAAUACUAAGCCACUUCAAUUUGUACAAGCAUCUGAUAAAAAGAAUAAUAAUGAUGAUGAUGAUGUUACAUGUCAGAUUAAUGCAGUUUGA